UUGUUUCAGGAAUUUCAUUUUUCAGUGGUUGCGUUUAAUCAUCAUUAUCACUGUACAUGCUUGACAUGCUUAGCACUGUAGCUUAAGUGAGGGCGACAGGGCUUAGCUAAUGGUUAGUAGCAGCAGUUAAAGCUGCUGUAUUUUGAGUUUUGGUCUAUCUUUCCAUAGUGAAGACUCACCAAAACAAAGUUUGUAGUGUUAUUUAGCUUCCUUGAAGAGUUCUUUUAUACGAUCCUGUUUCCACUGAACCACAUCAUUAUGGUUUCUAGAGGAUUUCACUUUAACAGGGGUCACCCCAUGUCUGCCUCCAGUCUGCUUUUUGCUGUCUGGGGGGUUGGGAAAACGCAGAGUGUUCGUCACUAGAAUUGGAUGAGGGGCUGAGCAUUUAGUGGAUGAAGGAGGACACGUAGGAGGAGAUGGAGAGUUGUUAGUGGGGAAUGGGAACGGAUAUAAGAUUACUUACUGGCAAAACUCAAGUACAGCAGCAGCUGUUUAGAGUGAGUGUUAGUCAUCGCCCUCUCUUCAGUCUCUGCCCUCCCUCCCCUUCUCUUUCUCUGCCUCUCAUGAGAGUGUUGUGAAUAGCUCCUGAAAUAGAGCUCACUGGAGCGUAGAGUGAAAUGUGGAAGACAGAGAGGGGGAUUGUGCAAGCAAUGUGAUACGGUGCCAGUGUGAGAAAUGUGUUCAAAUGUGUUCACUUGGAAAGAUAUGGAGUGAAAGAAAAGACCAAGAAAGAGUGACGUGAGAGAGUCAAGGCCACACGGAUAAGUGAGCGAGAGAAGACGAGAGAUCCAGAGAGAGAAAGAGAGAGAGAGAGAGAGAGGGGUGGGGGAAUUACAUUGAGAGAGAGGGAGGGAGGGAGGGGCGUGCUCAUAUGGAGAGUCUGAAUCUGAGAGAGGAAGAAGCUGGUGAAGGUUCACAGUUAUUUUUUUCUGCCACAUACAGAAUCUCCCUCCACAAAAAGGAUUUAAAAAAGGAUCUUUAAAAUUCUCUUUAAAUAUUCAGUUUUUUUUUUUUGUCUCAAACUGUCUCAAACUGUGGAUUUCAUGGACCUCACAUUGUGAUUCCCUCUGAGAAGUCUGAACAAAACUUUUUAUUUCUUUAAUUUUAUGAGAGGAACUACAUUUUUAUAACAGGACAUCAGCCAGAUUUCAUUUAUAGCUCUGAUCAGCUGUGUGGGAAUAUUGCUUGACAUGGGGUCUGGGAAGGAGCUAAUUAUUCUUGGCUUAAUGUGUUUGCUGUGGAAAUGUUUCUCAGCAUGUGACGAUGGCUACAGCCGUAAGGGCAAAAAUUGUGAAGAUAUAAAUGAGUGUGAUGAUGAACCAAGACCAUGUGGGAACCACUCAAAGUGCUACAACAGCCCUGGCAGUUACUACUGUCAGUGCGUACAUGGGUUUGAAAACGAGAAAUUUAACUUCACAGCAUUUGAUAAACGCUGCCAAGACAAAAACGAGUGUACGUAUAACAAUAAGAUCUGCGGUCAGUAUGGAACAUGUAAGAACCUGUUUGGGAGCUACGAGUGCACCUGCCAUUCUGGUUACACUAAUACCAACAAUACUCACCAACCCUGCAUAGACAUAAAUGAAUGUGAGGAAGUCAAAAAGAGGGAAGACCUCUGUGGAAAAGAAGGGACUUGUAAGAAUAUUAAUGGAAGUUACGUGUGCGAGUGUCCAAAAGGAUACACAAACUAUGGCAACGAAAGGGCUCCAUGCUCACAGCUCGACUGUAAAGACUUUCAAGUUGAUAGCGGGUCCGCACAGUCUCUUGAAGGUCUGGCAGACAUUUUAACCAUGAUGAGAAGCAGCUGUUUGGCUCUGUCAGACCCACAUGCUGCUGUUGAAGGGAAGACUAAUGGAGUCGCACUACUGGAGAAACUUCUCACAGCCACCGAUGCCAUCCUGCCCCCUGGUCACCUGAUCCACAGUGAAGACGUGGGUGGUUUGCUCCAAGUGGUGGAGGACUCCAUUAGGCUCAUUGGUCCGCAGCUCAAAGAAAACAUUACCAAGAUGGAGACCUCUGAGACAGUAGAAGCAGCGAUUGCAAUACAGAAGGGAAAGACUCCACCCACUGGACCAAUCCAUCUGACCAAUGAAAAUGCUAGGCUCGACACUGACUGGGCAACAGCAGCUGGGACAGGAACAUAUCCUGGCUUUGCUCUGGCUGCACUGUUGACCUACAAGAACCUUGAGCAAUCUGUUAAUAAUUCCUUUGAAGAGCUCAAAGGACUUGAAAAAGAAGGCGUCAAUUCCACCUACAUCAAGAUCAACUCUAAAGUAGUGUCUGUUGUGGUCUCCAACCCGUCCACUGAGAGCCUGAGCCACCCUGUCAUCAUCACACUCACAAAUUUGAACAAGACAGCAGAGCCUUUUGAGGCGAAGUACAUCUGUGCAUACUGGAAAGACACGGGGGUCUGGUCCAGAGAUGGAUGCAGUCAACUGGGCUCCAAUGACACACACACGGUGUGUGAAUGUAAACAUCUGAGCAGCUUCGCUGUGCUUAUGGCCCUCUAUCCAAUGGAGCACCCCUUUGAGCUCGUACUGAUUACAAAGCUAGGGCUGACCAUCUCCCUGCUGUGUCUGGUACUGUGCAUCCUGACAUUUAAGUUCUGCCGCUCCAUACAAGGGACACGCACCACCAUCCACCUGCACCUCUGCAUCUGCCUCUUCGUGGCUGACAUCGUCUUUCUGGCUGGCAUUUCACAAACUAAACCUGUGGGUGGCUGCCGCUUUGUGGCAGCAAUGCUCCAUCUCUUCUUCCUGGGAGCGUUUACAUGGAUGCUGCUGGAAGGGGUGCAGCUGUACCGCAUGGUGGUCCUUGUGUUCAAUGCCACCAUUCGGCCCCUAUACUUAUUCAUCGCAGGUUAUGGGACACCCCUUGUCAUCGUCAUCAUAUCCGCCAUCAUUAGACCCAAGAGUUACGGCAAUGAGAAAUACUGCUGGCUGUCGCUGGAGGAUGGCUUAAUCUGGAGUUUCUUCGGCCCUGUGUGCUUCAUCAUCUUCGCCAACGUCUUCUUUUUCAUCAUCACCGUCUGGAAGCUUGCCCAGAAGUUCACCAGCCUCAACCCAGACCUCUGCGAACUUAACAAAAUUAAAGCUUUUACAGUGACAGCUAUUGCCCAGAUGUGUAUACUGGGUCUGAUGUGGGUAUUUGGGGCCUUCUUGUUUCAAGAGGGUACAAUAGUGGCGGCAUACAUCUUUACUAUCCUCAACAGCCUGCAAGGAGCGCUGAUUUUCGUCAUGCACUGCCUGCUGUCUAAACAGGUUAGAGAGGAGUACGCCUAUUUCCUCUCCUGUAUCUGCACACCAAAGAAGAAAUACGCAGACUUGAGCAGUACCAAUCCCUCCAGUAGUCAGUCACAAGGUUCUCAGAGUGGGCAGCACACCGGGGAAUCCCAAAUAUGAAGAGCUCUAUCUCCUAUUCUUCUCCAAAGACAGCCUAUCAUUCCUUUAGCAAAUCAAGCGCUGACAUUAAAGGUCAGAAUAGGUUGAAAUAAAAGUCCAGUCAUUAUUAAUUUACCUUUAUGAAUUAAACUUGUUAAAGGUACAACAGAAACUUAAUUAUCCAGAACAAAAAACCUAAAUUAUCUUUAUUCUCAUAUGUUUUCUCUUUUUGAGAGUUUUACCUCCCCAGACCUCAAUUUGAGAAGAAAUCACCACUCUUGGUUUGAUCUGCUCAACUCUCAUUGACAUUUGCAGCCUGUAAUGGGGGGG